AUAGCAAACCAGUUAGUUAUUCAAACUUGGCAAUGAAUUCACAGGGGGACGUUGCCUCUUAAAACACGCACUUCUUUUCUAGCAUUAAGGUCGACUAUAGAUUGGUUGCGCAGCAACACCCAUGACUUUUUAAGCAUGAGUCAACUCACGUCGCCGGUAGACGGGCCCGCCUGUAGUUAACUUGUGUAAAGCGGCAAAGUGAAUAGUAAGUAGUACGCGACGAACGUCUCCAACCCGUUCUAGGACCAUAUGGCGUGUUCUAUUUCGAUUUUGUUUUGACGAUAAUUUUUUUCUCGUCGUGUACUUAUCAAUAUAUUCAAAUAUUCCAUUCAUUAUUUUAUUUAAUGUAAUAAUGUUUAACAGUGACGCUUCAACGUUUAAUUAGACGAAUAAUUUAACCUUAUUUUAAUAUUAGGUGACGUUUGAAUGUAGUAAUAUAGUUUAACAUUAUUGAUUGGCCACUUUUUAUCAGCACAUUGCGGUGGUGAAACAUUAAUAUAGUUUUUAUCAGCUUAUGGCGGUUUCAUGGUGUACCGAGAUGCACGUGGUGUUUCCCGCGGCGAUUUUAUCCGCAGUAUGAUGCAAUGUUUGCGUGAACAAGACUCAGAAUUUUGGUAAAUAGACAAUAAUUGUGAUAAAUAGUUAUACCAUGUGUCUAAAGUUUUGUGCCGCGUAAUAUAGGGUGUUCUUUUUUCAAUUUAGUGAUUUACUGAACAUUUAUAAUGGCGAAAGUAUCAGCCGCUGAAGGACUAGCGCCAAAAACAAUGGACGUAGGCUCGGAAUGUGGUGAAAAUGACAAGGACUCCUCCGAGUGUGUUCGGUUAAAGAAGGAGUUGAGUUUAAUGAAUGGUGUAGCGAUUAUCGUCGGUGUGAUAGUAGGGUCCGGCAUCUUCGUGUCACCCACACUGCUCCUCAAGCACUCCGGCUCAAAGGGUAUGGCUCUCAUUGUAUGGGUCCUCUCCGGAUUCCUUUCAAUGGUUGGUGCCCUAUGUUAUGCAGAAUUAGGUACUAUGAUCCCCAAAUCGGGCGGAGAUUAUGCAUACAUCGGCGAGGCUUUCGGUGCUCUUCCUUCAUUCCUGUAUCUAUGGGUUGCGCUGUUCAUUUUAGUGCCAACCGGGAAUGCCAUCACAGCACUCACCUUCGCACAAAACAUUCUCAAGCCGCUGUGGCCUGCGUGUAAACCUCCUGAAGAUGCCGUCAGCCUCAUCGCAGCAUUGAUUACCUGCUUCCUCACCGUUAUUAAUUGCUACAAUGUAAAAUGGGUGACGCGAGUGCAGGAUUCAUUCACGGCUGCCAAAGUACUAGCUCUGCUCGUUACGUUUAUCGCUAGUCUGUGGUACUUAUUCUCCGGUCACACCGAGAACCUUGAGUCCAUGAUGCAAGGUACCAAGACUGAUCCUGGGGAUUUGGCGAUUGCCUUCUACACUGGGCUGUUCUCUUACUCCGGAUGGAAUUACCUCAAUUUCGUAACUGAAGAAUUGAAAGAACCUUACAAGAACCUGCCACGAGCAAUCUGCAUAUCAAUGCCAGUGGUGACCAUGGUGUACACAUUCACCAACGUAGCAUUCUUCGCAGUAUUAAGCAAUGAUGAGAUCCUUGCCUCCGAAGCAGUUGCUGUUACCUUCAGUGAAAAGAUACUUGGAGUGGUGGCAUGGAUCAUGCCUCUAUUUGUAGCGCUCUGCACAUUGGGCUCUUUAAAUGGGGCUAUUUACGCAUCAUCUCGGUUGUUCUUCGUGGGCGCGAGAAAUGGCCACCUUCCUUUGGCUAUAUCGUUGAUAGACAUAAAAAGAUUGACACCAGUUCCUUCAUUAGUAUUUAUGUGUAUAGUGACCCUCACGCUUCUGAUGUCCAACAACGUGGAAUCUCUGAUAGUGUACGUGACAGCUGUCGAAGCCCUAUUCACGCUGAGCUCUGUGGCUGGACUCCUCUGGAUGCGGUACUCUCGCCCGCAUAUGCGGAGGCCUAUCCGUGUGAACUUAAUUCUGCCGAUAGCAUUCCUCGUUAUAUGCGCAUUUCUCGUCGUGUGCUCAUGCUUUACGAAUCCAACAGAAGUUGGUGUUGGUAUAGCACUAAUAGCACUGGGCGUACCGGUGUAUUGCAUUUUUAUAAGAUGGCAAGCCAAACCCGAAUGGUUGCAGUUAGCGUGCGAUUCAUUCAACAUCGCAUGCUCUAAAAUGUUCCUUUGUCUUCCAGAAGACUCAAAAGAAUUAUGAUCUUUAAAAUAAUAAAUAAAGUGCCUCUAUAUUAGAUUUUAAGUGUGAUUUUGUAUUUUCGCGUGUAGGUAAUUUGUAUUAUAUAUAUAUGCAAUUGUUUUGUUAUUUAUUAAAAAGGCUAGCCCAUUUUUAUAGUUUAUAAUAAAUAAAAUAUCUAUGCUUUAAAUUAGUCAUUGACAGUAAUGAUUCCUAUGCAUCAUAUCAAUAAGUUUGUGAUAUUGAAGUAUGAAAUUUAAAAUUUGAAUAAAUUUCGUCUUCAGAUCGUG